AACUUAAGAGAAAAAAAAAGGCAGAGGAAGAACUUGUGAUUACUAAGCCGAAAAAAAGGAGAUGGGAAGUAAAUGGUGCCAUUCAACCAAGUAUGGUUCACGCUGUAUAUUUCGUGGAUCCAACGGAGGAGAGUCAUCCACUUAUUGAGAAGAUCCAAGAAGGUCAAUUUGUGGCUCUACAUGGACCUAGAGCAUCUGGCAAAUCUACACGGGUAUACCAAAUUCAGGAGCAGUUGAAAAACGACUUUAUUUGCAUCUAUACAUCUUUUGAGCAUGUUAACUUCACAAAGGAAAUCGAUUUUUGGAAAACAUUUAGUAUGUCUUUGCAACGUAAUGUUCCAGAAUUACUCGGUUCUCCAGAAAAUCCAAUAAUAAAGUCUGCCCAAGAUUUUUGCAAUAUAUUUCAUCGAACUAAAUGGACAUCUUUCAGUGAGAAUCGUGUCGUUCUCUUUGUCGAUGAAUUCGAUAAAUUGUAUGAAGCAACAGAUGAAGUUAGAUCCUCGUGCCUGGAGACUCUUCGUGGCAUUAAAAACAUGAAUCAAGACUUUAGUAUCCACUCCAUUGUCGCUAUCGGCCCCUUCAGUAUCCUUCGUAUAAGCACAAAAAAAUUAACUACGUCACCUUCCAACGUCCAGGAACCAUUCCGAAAUCCAAAUUUCACGAUGAAACAAGUGCAGUUCCUAUACAAGCAGUUUUCGGACGAAUUCAAACUGACUAUUGACCAAGAGGUUAUCGAUGACAUAUAUAUGCAGACAAACGGGCAUGCUGGUCUUGUCUGCCUUUGCGGGCGUGCAAUUGAUAGAAAGCUACUAGCAGUAUUAGAAAAUGGAACGCAUCUUAGCUUCGAAAUAUGGGAACGUUUCACUGCCUUUUUACUAGGAAAUGAGAUUUUAGAGUACUCAACGUUUAUAAGAAUGAAGGAGUCCCUGCUGAGAGAUGAUACCGAUACUAGGCGUGCUGUGAAUCUUAUCAGAUCCGAUUUCUUAGUGAAUAACGACCCUAUAUAUGUUGCUGAAAACAAAAAGGAUCUAGCGUUAUUCCUCACAGCCGAAGGAGUUCUGGUUCCUGGAGAAGAUGCAGGGACAUUUAAGAUUUCUUCGCCAUUGGUGCACUGGCUGGUCCUUCAGCGAAUAAUUCCCCAGGCGUUUCCGACUUCACCUAAAGUAGAAGUCCCCUAUUAUUCUUCCACAGGUACCUUAGACAUACUUAAGGCCUUGAAACAAGUUGUCUGUGUAUUUGACAGAGAGAUUAUGAAGUCCCGCAAUUCUUUCAAGACAGCACAUGUGCUGGUCAAUAAUGUUGAUAAACUAGAAGUCCCUAGAGAGUCAGUUUAUGAUGCGGAAUUGUAUCGGAUAAUGUCGAAUUGGCUUGUUGGAUUCACGGUAACCGGACAAUGGCACCUGAAAUAUCGUACUAGUGGACAUAUCAAUCAUAAAUAUGUUGACAUAGUCAUCUCACGACCUAAUAAAACAAUUGCCCUCGAGCUUUUAGCUACAGCAACAAAAAAAGAGCUCAAUGAACAUUACGAACGGGCACUCCUGUACGAUAAGAAACUACCUGCAGAUGAAACAUGGGUUAUUCAUUUCACCUGUGAAGAAAACGCCAUUUUAGAGCCGUACUGGCCAACCGAAUCUCAAUUACAAAAGGGCCUUCGAGUCGUACACUUUUGGCAUGACCUCGACUUUACAAAAGUUAGUAUGAUCGCAUGCUGGUGGGAUGUGAACAAUAAUACAAGGCAUGAUACUGAUGUUGAGGAAUUUGUG